UCCCGGUAGCUCUUAUAAAUUACAUCAAAUUGGUUAUCCUUGCCAUAUUCUUCUCCUUGAAAAAGAAGCUGUAACUGCAGUUUUAGCAGUAAUGUCAGGCCGCGGAAAGCAAGGAGGCAAAGCUCGGGCCAAGGCUAAGUCGCGCUCAUCCCGCGCUGGCCUUCAGUUCCCCGUAGGGCGAGUGCACCGCCUGCUGCGCAAAGGCAACUACGCCGAAAGGGUGGGGGCCGGCGCACCGGUGUACUUGGCGGCGGUCCUGGAGUACCUGACCGCGGAAAUCCUGGAGCUGGCGGGCAACGCUGCCCGAGACAACAAGAAGACGCGUAUCAUACCUCGCCAUUUGCAACUGGCCGUGAGAAAUGAUGAAGAGCUCAACAAGUUACUCGGGGGUGUCACUAUUGCCCAGGGCGGUGUCUUACCCAACAUCCAGGCAGUCUUAUUGCCCAAAAAAACGGAGAGUCACAAGCCUGGCAAGAAUAAGUAAUUAAGAGGCUUGAUACCAUCCCUACUCACCCCAAAGGCUCUUUUAAGAG